AAAAACAUCCCCUUACCUCUUUGAUGAUACCCCUUGCCCCGAAGUUUUCCCUUGUUUUCUUUUCUGUUUUGUUGUUGUUGUUGCUGGUCAAUCCGAAUGGUACUUAAUAGCUCGCUCAAUUGACUUUUUCCUUUCUUCUUUCCUUCAAUUUUUUUUUCUCGUCUCCUCUUGUAUUUUUCAUUGAUUGGAAUUUCCCAUCACAUUAAACAAAAAAAAAAUACAAUGUUGGUUCGAUCUUUAUUGGUGAUCUUGAUCUGGUGUGCGGUAGCCACCGAUGUGUUGGGCCGACCCGUUGUCAAACGUGAUGUCGAUGAUUUUGUCAAGACCGUCGCUCACGGCUUAUAUAAAGGCCACGGCACCUUUUUUCAUCCGGCGACAGAAGGUGGCAACAUCGGAUCUUGCGGUCACAAGGAAGAUGACAACAGCGCGUAUUGUGCCUUGAAUGCCAUUCAGUACGGUGACACCGGUAGUCACAGUGAUUGGUGCAACAAGAAACUGAAGAUCAAGUACGGAGAUAAAACUACUUCGUGUAUCAUUGCGGAUGCAUGUCCAGACUGCAAACCAAAUUCCCUUGACAUGACUCCAAAGGUCUUUUCACAGCUCGCGGAUUUCAAGGAAGGCGUCAUCCCCAUCGAAUGGUGCAUUGAAGGUGCCAAAGACUGUUAAUCCCCCGGCGCCCCCAUCGAAUCAUGGAUCUCAUCUAGUUUCAUGAUAUAUAAAAACGAAAUCUUUAUCUAUUUGUAUUACUUUAUUCCAUUCAUUCAAACACCAUUCGCAGCCGCUGCAAACAAUGCACGUCAAUGUCGAGCUUUUUUUUUUCUUUGUUCCGAAUUCUAAUUUUCUAUAAACUAGCCUAUUCGUCUAUACUGUACUUUUUGGCAGUUUUCAUGUAAUAAAAAUGAU